UAGUGUCCCCCUUCCACAGACAGUAGCUCGGUCUACUUAUAUUAUGUUUUUGAUGUAUACGGUCUACUAUAUUCUAUACAUAAUUAAAUAAUAUCACAAGUGAAUAGAUCUGUGUUAGAAGUGCAAUAUGGAUGCCCAAGAGUUCCGAGAGUUCGGCAAAGAAGUAAUAGAUUUGCUGGCCGAUUACGUUGAGAAUAUUCGAGAUCGGGAUGUAUUACCGUCGGUGGAUCCAGGGUACCUACAGAAAAUGCUUCCAGAAGAGCCUCCCGAGGAACCAGAAGAUUGGAAAGAGAUCAUUAAAGAUUUCAAUGACGCAAUAAUGCCUGGUAUUACUCAUUGGCAUUCCCCGCAGUUCCACGCCUUCUAUCCAACGGGCAACUCAUACGCAAGCAUUGUGGGAAACAUUCUAAGCGAUGGUUUGGCUGUCGUUGGAUUUAGUUGGAUGGCGAGUCCAGCCUGCACGGAAUUAGAAGUCAUAACUAUGAACUGGCUUGGCAAGCUUCUUGGUCUUCCUGAAGAGUUUUUGAACUGCUCUUCGGGACCUGGCGGUGGAGUUAUUCAGGGUUCCGCAAGUGAAGCAACAUUAGUAGGAUUACUUGUCGCUAAAGACAAGACUAUACGCAUGCAUCAAAAAGACAAUCCCGACCUUGACGGAGACAUGUUCAAACCAAAACUUGUUGCUUACACGUCUGAUCAAUGCAACUCGUCUGUUGAGAAAGCUGGACUAUUAGGUUCUAUGAAAAUGAGGUUACUGAAAGCCGAUUCAGAUGGAAGACUUCGCGGUGAUACACUUGCAAAAGCCAUGGAAGAAGAUAGAGCUCAAGGGCUUAUACCAUGUUAUGUUGUUGCUAAUCUGGGUACUACAGGAACUUGCGCUUUUGAUCCACUAGACGAACUGGGCCCUGUUUGUAGUGAAGCUAAUGUGUGGUUACACGUUGACGCCGCAUACGCAGGCGCCGCAUUUAUGUGCCCUGAAUACAGACAUUUAAUGAAAGAUAUUGAAUACGCGGAUUCCAUCGUUGUUAAUGCCCACAAGUGGAUGCCAGUCAACUUUGACUGCUCGGCCAUGUGGGUUAAGAACGGAUAUGAUAUAAUGCGUGCAUUUGACGUGCAAAGAAUAUAUUUAGACGACAUGAAAAAUAAUAUGAAAAUUCCAGAUUAUAGGCACUGGCAAAUGCCUCUGGGUCGGCGAUUUAGAUCAUUGAAGUUAUGGACAGUAAUGAGAAUCUACGGCGCUGAAGGACUCAGAAAACAUAUCAGGACACAAAUUUCAUUAGCAUUGCAUUUCGCAAAGCUAGUACGGGCUGAUGAUCGCUUCUUGGUCGAACCCGAACCAUGUAUGGGGUUGGUGUGCUUCCGAUUGAAGGACGGAGACAUGAUCACUAAACAACUGUUAGACAACUUAACAAAAAAGAAAAAGGUUUUCAUGGUAGCUGGGUCAUUUAGAACUCGGUAUGUCAUACGAUUUGUAAUUUGUUCUCGGCUAACUACUGAAAACGACGUUAAUUACAGUUGGAGCAAAAUCAAAGAAGAAGCCGACAUUAUAUACGCUGACAAAGUACACACCAAACCUCAAAUACCGGCUAUCAAUCAAAUACUUUCAAGAGAAAUAUGUGAAAAGUCUAAAUAAUGUUAAAUAAAACGAAAUUUCUGCUAGAAUAAAAUAUCUCAAAUAAUCAACUAAUGAAAAAAUCUAUAUAUUGCAAUAAAAAUUACUAAAUAUAAGCACACAGUUUCAUUAAUGUAUUUGGCAUACUUGCAAAGCAUUACUAUUAAUUAUUAUAGUUAAUAUUGUUUAAGAGUAUGAUUUAUUUUUAAAUUGUAGCGAUAUAAAUGAUACGGCGUACAAUAUGGUAUUACGUAGUAGCGGCUCUAGUAAUUAUUUUUUAUUGACUAAGGUUUAACGAGUAGCUGCUAUAACAUAAAAAAUAUAAUCAUAUGACGAUCUCUUCUUUCUCAACCGAAAACUGUAUAAACUCCGAUUGAGGUGGACUCAAUUUUAGUAGUUUUAUUGAAAUGAGUUUAACGUAAAAAUAUGGUUCUCUGUGAUAAUUAAAAAUAUUUCUUUGUUAACACAAGUUUAUUGCUUUAUUUAAUGAAGAAUCAUCAUUGGGACUUAAAUAGUUACCAUGUAAAGAAUUUAUAAAUAAAAUGAUUACAAAUAUAAAAUCCAACGCCUAAAAAAUCUCCAUAUAUUAUGAGCAAAUCAAACUCUCCAACAUAAUAUAAGGACAAAACUCAAAUAAAAAUCAACGAAAGACAUAUAUUUAUAAUGAAUUAUAUUUAUAAAUACUACGUGUUACCCGCGGAUUUGCCCGUGUGAGAACCCUUUCCCGGUAUAGAAAUCAAGAUUAGACACACAUAAUUAUGUUUGGACGUGAGUAGAAGUUGAUUCAAAUAUAAAAACCGUUGAACGAAUUUAGAUAAACUUUGGCAGACGGAGAAAUCAUGCCCUGAAUUAAUAUAUUAUAGGCUAGUUUUAUAACGGUAAUUUGCUCCCGUAGGAAACAUUUGAAUCCAAUUUUUUAUUCGCUUACCCUCGUGUAACCCAGGGGAAAGUAUACGAAAGUUAAAGUUUAGGUAUUGGUAAUACAAUAAGCACUACAAAUGCGAUAAACGAUCGCAUAUAUCUUUAUUCAUCUUGAAAUUGUGUAAAGGGGCAUAUAUUGGCCCUAUUAGUCCCAUGAAUCCAGGGAAUAUCUUUUUAAUGUACCUUGAAGUUACUUACAAUAAUAAAACUUUGUCAAAUAAUACAACUUUAUAAUUAAUAUGAAACAUGGUCACUGAUAUACACAUAAACUAAAUAGAUGUAAUAUAUUAUGAUAUGGUUUACUUGUAUGCAUGUAAAAUGGCAUAUAAAAUAGUAAUGUAAUAAUUUAACGAUUUCAAGUAAAAUCUAAUUAUAAAA